AUGGGCGAAUCUCGGCAAGAACUUGUUCAAUGGCUGAACAACCUCCUGCAGCUCAACAUCACCAAAGUUGAGCAAUGCGGCACAGGCGCUGCACUCUGCCAGGUCUAUGACAGUAUAUACAUGGAUGUGCCCAUGCACAAGGUCAAAUUUAACGUCAAUGGCGAGUAUGCAUAUGUUCAAAAUUUCAAAGUGCUGCAGAACACUUUCGCCAAGCACCAGAUCGACAAGCCCAUCCCGAUCGAGCAGCUCGUCAAGUGCAGGAUGCAAGACAAUCUUGAGUUCUUGCAGUGGACGAAAAAGUUUUGGGACCUGAACUUCCCCGAUCACGAAUACGAUGCCGUCGCCCGUCGAAAGGGAGGCACGCUUGCGGCCAGCGGGCCCAAGGCCCCAGUGGCUUCCAGCGGUGGUGCCGCCAGAAGAGGCGGCAUCACACCAAGCACCGCCCCUGGUCGCGCUGCCCCUAGAACCGGCGGAGCGCCUUCUGCCGCCCUCCAGCAAGAGAAUGCCACGCUGAAAGAGACUGUGGUUGGCCUCGAGCGCGAACGUGACUUUUACUUUAGCAAGCUGCGUGACAUUGAGCUUCUCAUCCAGCAGGCUAUCGACGAGGAUCCCGAACUCGAGAAGCAGGAAGAUGGCCUCGUCAAGCACAUCCAAACCAUUCUAUACUCCACCGAGGAAGGCUUUGAAAUUCCAGAGGAGGGAGAAGCAGCGGAGGACCAGGAGACAUUCUAA